AUGAAGGGAUUGUCUUUGCUGGCUUCGGCGUCAUUGGCGCUGGCGGCCAAACAACUUUCGUUCUCGAAGUCGGAGUACGAGAGUGGUGCAGUUCACGAGAGCAUCAUGGAAACCAAACAUGCUUCGUGGGAUAGGCAGCGAGCAGCAGGAGAGAUGGACUCGUCACAAUAUCCUUCCCUCGCUGCACCUUUCGUGAGGUGUGAGGGUGGUCUAGCUGUGGUGGAAGCAGGCAACGCAAAUCAGACCUUCAAGUGCAGCAACAUGGAUCUGUACGACUUCAAGAGCCACUCAGCUCUGGGCAGCUUUGGUGGUGAAGGCUCCUCAAGCUGGGGUGUAGUUCUAGAGGGUGGUCGCGAAUUCGUGGCAAUUGGUCAGCAGGACGGAACGGCCUUUGCAGAAAUCUCUAGCGAGGGCAAGCUGGUAUAUCUUGGACGACUUCCUCAACAAUCAGUUUGGUCGAUAUGGCGCGAGAUCCGAUCUUACAAGAACUACAUGAUCAUUGGUUCCGAGGCCGUCGGUCAUGGUGUGCAGAUCUUCGAUAUGAACAAGCUGCUUACCAUUGAUCCAGCCAACCCAGUCAAUUUCAGCACAACCGCAGAUCUGACUGGACUGUUCAAUGAACUUCCUGUUGGCAGAACUCACAACGUUGUGGUCAACGAGGAACUCGGCUAUGCAGUAGCGGUUGGUGCUCAACCACGAAACAGCACGUGUCGCGCAGGUCUUAUCUUCAUCGACUUGACAGAUCCCUCAAACCCAACAACCCCGGGUUGCGCUGGCCAAGACGGUUACGUACAUGAUGCUCAAUGUGUCGUCUACCACGGACCUGAUACUCGCUAUGAAGGGAGAGAUAUUUGCUACGGUUACAAUGAGGACACUCUCACCAUUUAUGAUGUAACCGAUAAGGUUGGUGUCAACAGCUCGAGAGUCAUCUCUAAGCUCAGCUACAUCGGAGCAAGAUAUACUCACCAAGGUUGGGUCAACGACGUGAACUGGCAAUCCCACAUCCUGCUCGAUGAUGAGCUUGACGAGGAGUACAUGACAGGUCUUGCUGCAGACCGCUUCCCUGUUACAUAUAUCAUCGAUAUCUCCAACCUCGAAGCACCAAUACACACUGGACACUACAAGCACAAAUCAUACAGCAUCGACCACAACCAAUACGUAUAUGACGGACUUGACUAUAUGUCCAACUACGGUGCCGGAAUCAGAGUGUUGGACGUAAGCAGUGUACCCUCGGACCCAACUGGAGGUUCUGUCGAGGAGGUCGCAUUCUUCGAUAUUUACCCAGAGGACGAUCACCUCCCGAACGGCGGUAUUAUUGACUUUGUGGGCACAUGGUCGCACUAUGCCAAUUUCCCAUCCGGCUACGUUCUUGUAAACACGAUCGAGCGAGGAGCAUUCAUCGUCAAAAUGAGCCAAUUCGAGAAGCGAGGUCGUGGUAUGCACUAUAAGAAGCCUCGUAAUGUGUAA